AUGUAUGUGUAUCGUUUGACUUUGGUGCCGAUUAUUUUGGCAGUUUUGGUUGGUGUGAAUCUUCAAAUUUGGAAAAAUGCAAGAAUUAAUUAUGUAUUUAUCUUUCGUUUUGAUCCCAGAGAUCACUUAUCAGUGUCUCAAUACAUUGAGAUGACCAUGAGCUUGUACAAUAUUACUAUGGGAAGCUUAAUUAUUUACAUGUACUCUAUCAUAACGAACACGUUUUAUGAGUACGCCUAUCUCCAUCAAUAUUUCUGUUUACAUUUAUCUUCAUCUACAUGUGUUUCCCAUACAAAUGGUUUUAUGGUCACAGCAGAUUAUGGUUGUUUAGAAUCAUUCUGA